AGAUUCCAGUGUAUGAAUUAUGCAUGCCCUGCUCAUUCUUUAGUCUCCAAACAGAAUGACAGAGCUUGGGAAGUCUCCUCAGAUAGUUUCUUGCAUUAAGUGACUGCCGGGAGAUGCUGACCAUUUCCAGGCACAGGAGCAGCAUUGACUCUGGCCAGCGGAAUCUGGAAGAUGUAAAUCCCCAGCUGGCAGCCCAGAAUGCUCUAUUUGAAAGUACUGCUAUGUAGAGAGCCUACUUUGCAGUCCACUAACCUGUUCUCUCCAGGAGGUUGGCUGAGGAAUGGGAGCGGCUGUGUCUGACUCUGAGGUCACAGCUUGAGGUCUUUCAAACUUGCCUUCUGCUACAGAAAAGAAGAGGGUUGUGCCAUCAUUGUCCCUGAAUUUAUUCAAAUGGAUUAUUUCUAAUAGAUUUAGACCAGAUCAUCAGAUAAUUCAACACAUGUGGUGUUUAAUAUUACCAAACUGCCAUUAAGUUUUCUGUAUCUUUUGAAAAUUGAACCAAACAUAUACUAAAUACAAGAUGAAAAUGUGGUUGCUGGCUCAUCAUCUCAUGAUAAUAUAUUUUACUACUUGUGUAGCAGAGUUUACAUGGCACAGAAGAUAUGGUCAUGGAGUUUCUGAGGAGGACAAAGGAUUUGGACCCAUUUUUGAAGAACAACCAAUCAAUACCAUUUAUCCAGAAGAAUCACUGGAAGGAAAAGUGUCACUCAAUUGCAGGGCCCGGGCCAGCCCAUUUCCAGUUUACAAAUGGAGAAUGAACAACGGGGAUGUUGACCUGACCAGCGAUCGGUACAGUAUGGUAGGAGGAAACCUGGUUAUCAACAGCCCUGACAAGCAGAAGGAUGCUGGGAUAUACUACUGCUUGGCAUCAAACAGAUAUGGGAUGGUCAGAAGCACCGAGGCAACCCUGAGCUUUGGAUAUCUUGAUCCCUUCCCACCCGAGGAGCGUCCUGAGGUGAGAGUGAAGGAGGGGAAAGGGAUGGUGCUUCUCUGCGACCCACCGUACCACUUUCCAGAUGAUCUUAGCUACCGCUGGCUCCUAAAUGAGUUUCCUGUGUUUAUAACCAUGGAUAAGCGAAGGUUUGUGUCUCAGACGAAUGGCAAUCUCUACAUUGCCAAUGUGGAGUCUUCUGACAGAGGCAACUACUCCUGCUUUGUGUCCAGUCCUUCCAUCACAAAGAGUGUGUUCAGCAAAUUUAUCCCCCUCAUCCCGAUACCUGAACGAACAACAAAGCCAUAUCCUGCUGAUAUUGUAGUACAGUUCAAGGACAUAUAUACAUUGAUGGGCCAAAAUGUAACUUUGGAGUGCUUUGCACUUGGAAAUCCUGUUCCUGAUAUCCGAUGGCGGAAAGUUCUAGAACCAAUGCCUAGCACUGCUGAGAUAAGCACCUCAGGGGCUGUCCUCAAGAUCUUCAAUAUCCAGCUAGAAGAUGAAGGCUUAUAUGAAUGUGAAGCUGAGAACAUUAGAGGAAAAGAUAAACACCAAGCAAGAAUUUAUGUUCAAGCAUUUCCUGAAUGGGUGGAACAUAUCAAUGAUACUGAGGUAGAUAUUGGCAGUGACCUCUACUGGCCUUGUGUGGCCACAGGGAAGCCCAUCCCUACAAUCCGGUGGCUGAAAAAUGGAUAUGCGUACCAUAAAGGGGAACUGAGACUAUAUGAUGUCACUUUUGAAAAUGCUGGGAUGUAUCAGUGCAUAGCAGAAAACACAUAUGGAUCUAUUUAUGCAAAUGCUGAGCUGAAGAUCCUGGCAUUGGCUCCAACUUUUGAAAUGAAUCCUAUGAAGAAAAAGCUGCUGGCUGCUAAAGGAGGAAGGGUUAUCAUUGAGUGCAAACCCAAGGCUGCACCCAAGCCCAAGUUUUCAUGGAGUAAAGGAACAGAGUGGCUUGUCAACAGUAGCAGAAUUCUUAUAUGGGAAGAUGGCAGCUUGGAAAUCAACAACAUUACAAGGAAUGAUGGAGGCAUCUACACAUGUUUUGCAGAAAAUAACAGAGGCAAAGCUAAUAGCACUGGGACUCUUGUUAUCACAGAUCCCACACGAAUCAUAUUGGCUCCAAUUAAUGCGGACAUAACUGUUGGAGAGAAUGCUACAAUGCAAUGUGCUGCUUCCUUCGAUCCUGCCUUGGAUCUCACAUUUGUUUGGUCUUUCAAUGGAUAUGUUAUUGAUUUCAACAAAGAAAAUAUUCAUUACCAGAGAAAUUAUAUGCUGGACGCCAAUGGGGAGCUGCUCAUCCGGAAUGCCCAGCUGAAGCAUGCAGGGAGAUACACGUGCACGGCCCAGACCAUCGUGGACAACUCCUCAGCUUCUGCUGACCUUGUUGUACGAGGACCCCCAGGCCCUCCAGGUGGCCUGAGAAUAGAAGACAUUAGGGCCACUUCUGUGGCUCUGACAUGGAGCCGCGGGUCAGACAAUCACAGCCCUAUCUCUAAGUACACCAUCCAGACCAAGACAAUUCUUUCAGAUGAGUGGAAAGAUGCAAAAACAGAUCCCCCAAUCAUCGAAGGGAAUAUGGAAGCAGCAAAAGCAGUGGAUUUGAUACCAUGGAUGGAAUAUGAGUUUCGAGUUGUGGCCACCAACACAUUGGGUAUGGGAGAGCCCAGCAUACCCUCAAACAGAAUCAAAACAGAUGGUGCUGCACCAAACGUGGCUCCUUCAGAUGUAGGAGGUGGGGGUGGAAGCAACAGAGAGCUGACAAUAACAUGGGCACCUUUGUCAAGAGAAUACCAUUAUGGCAACAAUUUUGGUUACAUAGUGGCAUUUAAGCCAUUUGAUGGAGAAGAAUGGAAAAAAGUUACAGUUACUAAUCCAGAUACUGGUCGGUAUGUCCAUAAAGAUGAAACUAUGAGCCCUUCCACUGCAUUUCAAGUAAAAGUGAAGGCCUUCAACAACAAAGGAGAUGGGCCAUACAGCCUUGUAGCAGUCAUUAACUCAGCACAAGAUGCUCCCAAUGAAGCCCCGACAGAAGUUGGUGUCAAAGUCUUAUCAUCUUCUGAGAUAUCUGUUCAUUGGAAGCAUGUUUUAGAAAAAAUUGUGGAAAACUAUCAGAUUCGGUACUGGGCUGCACAUGACAAAGAAGCAGCUGCACAUCGAGUUCAAGUCACCAGCCAGGAGUACUCAGCCAGGCUGGAGAACCUUCUGCCCGACACCCAGUACUUUGUUGAAGUCGGAGCCUGCAACAGUGCAGGCUGUGGACCUUCCAGUGAUGUGAUUGAGACUUUCACCAGAAAAGCUCCUCCUAGCCAACCACCAAGGAUCAUCAGUUCAGUAAGAUCUGGUUCACGUUACAUAAUCACCUGGGACCAUGUUGUUGCACUAUCAAAUGAAUCUACAGUGACGGGAUAUAAGAUUCUCUAUAGACCUGAUGGACAGCAUGAUGGUAAACUGUAUUCAACCCAUAAACACUCCAUAGAAGUCCCAAUCCCCAGAGAUGGAGAGUAUGUUGUUGAGGUUCGAGCACACAGUGAUGGGGGAGAUGGAGUGGUAUCUCAAGUCAAAAUUUCAGGUGUGUCCACGCUGUCUUCAAGUCUCCUCAGCUUGUUGCUGCCCACCCUUGGCGUCUUUUUCUAUUCGGAAUUCUGAAUAUGGUAUGACAUCUGCUGUUCCCAGCCCAGCUCAGAGGAGGCCCCUUCAUCCUGGGAUGACUGCAAUUCCCUCUAUUUCCCGCAGCUCCAUCCAAACGAAACAAAUUUUACUUUAACAAACUCUCCAACUUAUUUACAACACAGUGUGACUGAGGCAUCCAGGAACCCCUUCAUCCAAAAGAAUAACUUUCAAAUGGUUAUAAAAUGAUUUUUAACUUGUUCCAAUAUGCCUUAUAAAACACUUAACCUGAUUCUGUGACAGUUGCAUGAUUUAAUUCAAUGGGACAUUUCAGUGUUCAAUUCAAUACUAUAGGCUGUAGAGUGAAAGUAAAAUCACCGUACCCAGGUGCUUUACAUGUAAUAACAAGUUGUGAAACAUAAUAGAGGUUGAAAUGUUGAUUGUACGUGGUAAAUGUAAGAGUAAUAAGUCUGUUGUAUUAUCUUCUGUUUGGGGUCUAGCAUAUUUUUAAUGGCCCCUAUCAUUCAUGACAUUUUAAGUUUUCUUAAACAAUGAAAUAGAAUAUAAUGGAAACAUUUUGACAUAAACCACAUUACCAAGUAACUCACUUUACUGAGUAAAUCUAAAGGUUUUGAAUACUGAAAACCAAAUUCUAGAACUUAGUAUCAAUAUUCUUACUUUGGAAAUAAUUUUCUACUUAUUUGAUUUUCAGAAUCAGUACUGCUUUCAAUUAGAUUACUAAUGGUCAGUUAACAUGCUUUCGAGGGUUUUUUUUUUUUAACUUUUGUAUUCUCUGAAGUUGUUUUAACCAUCAAUAUCAAACCUUAUGACCCAUAUCGCUCAUCUAGAGUUCAUAAUUCUUUCCGUAUUUAUUCAUAUGUGGAAUGAUGAGUUUUGAGAAUUAGAGUGCUUCCAUUUUUUAUUGAGAUAUGAUAGUCUUUAUACAACUAGAAGUAAGUAACAGUAAAAUGAAUAUCAGAAUUACAUAAUAAUGUUCUAAUAUCUUUUGUUUGUGCUUCAUGCCUAAGAAUAUUCUUUCUUUAUAGAAGGUAUGGAAUCAAGAAAUCAUGCAUAGGUUGAAAAAGCUACAGAAUUCCUCCAUGUAU